AUGGCGUUUCACAUUUGGAGCAUCGUCUCUAAAAGAGAUUCUUUAUGGGUAGCGUGGGUGCAUAGUUAUCGACUGAAAGGCAAGAGUUUUUGGGUUUGUAAAAGUCCUUUGAAUUGCUGUUCGUCAUGGAGAAAUCUAAUUCAUCUACGUCCUCUUAUAAGGAAACAUGUUUGGUCGGAUCUAGGAGAUGGUGCUUCGACUUCAGCCUGGUUCGAUUUCUGGUGUCACCUGGGACCGCUCGGUGAGUUUCUAACUCCUAGAACCAUUACCGAUGCGGACUUUAGGCUGGAUGAUUCGGUGGCUAAUGUCUACUCGCAUGGUUCUUGGAAUUGGCCUAUGGCGUGGAGAGAUAUUUAUCCGGUGUUAAUUCAACUAGACGAAGUUCAACUAAAUCCGACAAAGCCCGAUAGAUUAUUAUGGAAGGAUGAUAAUGAUCUAGAUGAAUUCUCUUCUUCGUGUGUGUGGCACUCGGUUCGGUAUAAGGAACCGGAAGUUAAUUGGUGUAAUAUCGUGUGGUUUUCGCAAUGUAUUCCUCGGCACGCUUUUAUGAUGUGGUUGGUCAUUAAAGGUAAACUCCUAACUCAAGAUAAAAUUCUAAGUUGGGAUCUAGCGCGACGGAAAAACAUGAACAUGAUGUGUUGCCUUUUGUGUUUCGAGAAUUUUGAUUCGCAUCCACACCUGUUUUUUGAAUGUAAGUAUUCAGCUCAAGUUUGGAAUAUAGUGAGGCAAAGGGUGGCCAUGAUGCCUACUUCGCCGAAAUGGAUGGAUGUUGUCGACUGGUUACUUGUCCGUGCUAGGUCAAAGUCGGCUCUGAUUUAUGUUGCUAAACUCAUAGUUGCGGCUUCGACAUACUUCAUUUGGCAAGAAAGGAAUGCUCGGUUAUUCAAGAAUCAGUUAAGGCCUCCGGAGCAGCUUAGUGAGAUUAUAAUAAACACGGUAAGAUACAAGUUGAUGGGAGCAAAGCUGAAAAACACGGCUAGUGUGCGGAAACUUCUUCGAGAGUGGGAGAUUCAUGGGGAUGGCGUUGAUGAUGAUGGCGGUUGA